UCCUGUUCUGCAAGGCUGCCCUGACUGAGGCAGGAUUAGCUUGGGUGCCAGUGGCUGGUGGCGGCAGGUGCCCGCUGAGCAACAGGAGCCUAAAGAAAGAGGGAGCCGCAGCAGCAGAGAGAACGUCUGGAGAAAGAGAGGACGGGAGUGAGGAAGGGUCCUUGAAGUCCGCCACCUGCCCAGGGCACAGAUUCUGCGGGUGUACUGGGUGGGCAUGUACGGCGGGCAAGGUUGCAAGCCUCUUAUGUAAGGAGCUGAAGGGGAAUUAAAAUAAACAGGAUGAAAAGAUGGCAACGUUGCCUCCUCCAGGACCUCAGAGUUUUGUCUACUUCACAAAGCAGUCCCUUUCCCUCAUUGAACAACGCAUUGCUGAAGGAAAAGCAAAGGCGCCCAAAGAAGAAAAGAAGGAUGAUGAGGAAGAGGGCCCCAAGCCAAGCAGUGACUUGGAAGCUGGCAAGCAGCUGCCCUUCAUCUAUGGGGACAUUCCCCCAGGCAUGGUGUCAGAGCCCUUGGAGGACCUGGACCCCUACUAUGCUGACAAAAAAACGUUUAUAGUACUGAAUAAAGGGAAAGCGAUCUUCCGUUUCAAUGCCACUCCUGCUUUGUAUAUGCUGUCUCCUUUCAGUCCUCUAAGAAGAAUAUCUAUUAAGAUCUUAGUACACUCUUUAUUCAGCAUGCUGAUCAUGUGCACUAUCCUGACAAACUGCAUAUUUAUGACCUUGAGUAACCCUCCAGAGUGGACCAAGAAUGUUGAGUACACUUUUACUGGAAUAUAUACUUUUGAAUCACUUGUAAAAAUCCUUGCAAGAGGCUUUUGUGUAGGAGAAUUCACUUUUCUUCGUGACCCAUGGAACUGGCUUGAUUUUGUCGUCAUUGUCUUUGCGUAUUUAACAGAAUUUGUAAACCUAGGCAAAGUUUCAGCUCUUCGAACUUUCAGAGUGUUGAGAGCUUUGAAAACUAUUUCUGUAAUUCCAGGCCUGAAGACCAUUGUGGGAGCUCUGAUCCAGUCUGUGAAGAAGCUCUCAGAUGUCAUGAUCCUGACUGUGUUCUGUCUGAGCGUAUUUGCUCUGAUUGGAUUGCAGCUUUUCAUGGGUAACCUGAGGAAUAAAUGUUUACGGAUUUCACUUGAGAGCAAUGAAACAACUGAGAGCAUAAUGGAUACCAUUGAGACCGAAGAAGACUAUAGAAAAUAUUUUUAUUUCCUGGAAGGAUCCAAAGAUGCUCUCCUUUGUGGAAACAGCACAGAUGCAGGUCACUGUCCAGAAGGGUACACAUGUGUGAAAGCUGGCAGAAACCCCGAUUAUGGAUACACAAGCUUUGACACUUUCAGUUGGGCCUUCUUAGCCUUGUUCCGGCUGAUGACACAGGAUUUCUGGGAAAACCUUUACCAACAAACACUGCGUGCUGCUGGUAAAACCUACAUGAUCUUCUUUGUUGUGGUCAUUUUUCUGGGCUCCUUUUAUCUGAUCAACUUGAUCUUGGCUGUCGUCGCCAUGGCCUAUGAAGAACAAAACCAGGCAAACAUUGAAGAAGCUAAGCAGAAAGAGUUAGAAUUUCAACAGAUGUUAGAUCGACUUAAAAAAGAGCAAGAAGAAGCUGAGGCAAUAGCAAUGGCAGCAGCUGAAUAUACAAGUAUUGGGAGGAGCAGAAUUAUGGGGCUCUCUGAGAGUUCAUCUGAGACAUCCAAAUUGAGCUCUAAAAGUGCAAAGGAAAGGAGAAAUAGAAGAAAGAAGAAGAAUCAGAAGAAGCUUUCUAGUGGAGAAGAAAAAGGAGACAUUGAAAAAUUAUCCAAAUCAGAAUCAGAGGAGAGUAUCAAGAGGAAAAGUGUCUACCUCGGUGUUGAAGGGCAUAGACGAGCACAUGAAAAGAGACUGUCAACACCUAAUCAGUCACCACUUAGCAUCCGAGGCUCCUUUCUUUCUGCAAGACGCAGCAGCAGAACAAGCCUUUUUAGUUUCAAAGGUCGAGGCAAAGAUAUCGGAUCUGAGACUGAAUUUGCGGAUGAUGAGCACAGCAUUUUUGGAGACAGUGAGAGCAGAAGGGGCUCACUAUUCGUGCCCCAUAGACCUCGGGAGCGGCGCAGCAGUAACAUAAGUCAAGCCAGUAGGUCUCCCCCAAUGGUACCAGUGAACGGGAAGAUGCACAGUGCUGUGGACUGCAAUGGUGUUGUCUCCCUGGUUGAUGGACACUCAGCCCUCAUGCUUCCCAAUGGACAGCUUCUGCCAGAGGUGAUAAUAGAUAAGGCAACUUCUGAUGACAGCGGUACAAGCAAUCAAAUACACAAAAAAAGACGCUCCAGUUCUUUUGUCCUUUCUCAGGAUAUGUUGAAUGAUCCCAGUCUCAGACAAAGAGCAAUGAGUAGAGCGAGCAUAUUAUCAAACACCGUAGAAGAACUUGAAGAGUCCAGACAGAAAUGCCCACCUUGGUGGUACAGAUUUGCACACACAUUUUUGAUCUGGAAUUGCUCUCCCUAUUGGAUAAAAUUCAAAAAGUUUAUCUAUUUUAUCGUAAUGGAUCCUUUUGUGGAUCUUGCUAUUACUAUUUGCAUAGUUUUAAAUACUUUGUUUAUGGCUAUGGAACAUCAUCCCAUGACUGAAGAAUUCAAAAAUGUUCUCAGUGUGGGAAAUUUGGUCUUUACUGGGAUCUUUGCAGCCGAAAUGGUUUUAAAACUAAUUGCCAUGGAUCCAUAUGAAUAUUUCCAAGUAGGAUGGAAUAUUUUUGACAGCCUUAUUGUGACUUUAAGUUUAGUGGAACUUUUUCUAUCAGAUGUGGAUGGAUUGUCAGUUCUGAGAUCAUUUAGAUUGCUCCGAGUUUUCAAGUUGGCAAAAUCUUGGCCAACACUGAACAUGCUCAUAAAGAUUAUUGGUAACUCAGUGGGAGCUCUGGGUAACCUCACCUUGGUGUUGGCCAUCAUUGUCUUCAUUUUUGCUGUGGUUGGUAUGCAGCUUUUUGGUAAGAGCUACAAAGAAUGUGUCUGUAAGAUCAACGAAGAUUGUACACUCCCACGCUGGCACAUGAAUGAUUUCUUUCACUCCUUCCUGAUCGUGUUCCGGGUGCUGUGUGGAGAGUGGAUUGAGACCAUGUGGGACUGCAUGGAGGUUGCCGGCCAGGCCAUGUGCCUUAUUGUCUACAUGAUGGUCAUGGUGAUUGGGAACCUUGUGGUUUUGAACUUAUUUCUGGCUUUAUUACUGAGCUCCUUUAGUUCCGACAAUCUUACAGCUAUUGAUGAAGACACUGAUGCAAACAACCUCCAGAUUGCAGUGGUCAGGAUUAAGAAGGGAAUAAAUUAUGUGAAGCAAACUUUACGUGAAUUUAUCCUAAAGUCGUUCUCCAGAAAGCCAAAAGUUUCCAAAGAGAUCAAACAAACAAAAGAUCUGAACAGUUCAAAAGAAAACUCUGUCUCUAACCGCACACUUGCUGAAUUGAGCAAAGAUCACUAUUUCCACAAGGAAAGGGAUAAAAGCAGUGGUUUGGGGAGCACCAUGAACAAAUACUUGACUGAAGAAAGUGAUUGUCAAUCAUUUAUUCAUAAUCCCAGUCUGACAGUCACAGUGCCUAUUGCACCUGGGGAGUCUGAUUUGGAAAAUAUAAAUACUGAGGAACUCAGCAGUGAUUCAGAUAGUGAAUACAGCAAAGGGAGACCAAACCGAUCAAGUUCCUCUGAGUGCAGCACAGUUGAUAAUCCUAUACCAGGAGAAGGAGAAGAAGCAGAGGCUGAACCUGUAAAUGCAGAUGAGCCUGAGGCCUGUUUCACAGAUGGUUGUGUACGGAGGUUCCCUUGCUGCCAAGUUAGUAUAGAAUCAGGGAAAGGAAAAAUCUGGUGGAACAUCCGAAAAACAUGCUACAGUAUAGUGGAACACAGUUGGUUUGAAAGUUUCAUUGUUCUCAUGAUCCUGCUUAGCAGUGGUGCUUUGGCUUUUGAAGAUAUAUAUAUUGAAAAGAGAAAAACCACUAAGAUUAUCCUGGAGUAUGCUGAUAAGAUAUUCACUUAUGUCUUCAUUCUGGAAAUGCUUCUAAAAUGGAUAGCUUAUGGUUAUAAGACCUAUUUCACUAAUGCCUGGUGUUGGCUGGAUUUCCUAAUUGUUGAUGUGUCUUUGGUUACAUUAGUAGCCAGCACGCUUGGCUAUUCAGACCUUGGACCCAUUAAAUCUCUUCGAACUCUUAGAGCUUUGAGACCUUUAAGAGCUUUAUCUAGAUUUGAAGGAAUGAGGGUGGUUGUGAAUGCACUCAUAGGUGCGAUCCCUUCCAUUAUGAAUGUGCUGCUUGUGUGUCUAAUAUUCUGGCUAAUAUUUAGCAUCAUGGGGGUCAAUUUGUUUGCUGGCAAGUUCUAUGAGUGUAUCAACACCACAGAUGGGUCACGGUUUCUUAAGAGUAAAGUUGAAAAUCGUUCCGAGUGCUUUGCCCUUAUGAAUGUUAGUCAGAAUGUACGCUGGAAAAACCUGAAGGUGAACUUUGAUAAUGUUGGACUUGGUUACCUGUCUCUGCUUCAAGUUGCAACAUUUAAAGGAUGGAUGGACAUUAUGUAUGCAGCUGUUGAUUCUGUCAAUGCAAACAAGCAGCCCAUAUAUGAAUACAACCUUUAUAUGUAUAUUUAUUUUGUCAUAUUUAUUAUCUUUGGAUCAUUCUUCACCUUAAACUUGUUCAUUGGUGUCAUCAUAGAUAAUUUCAACCAACAGAAAAAGAAGCUUGGAGGUCAAGACAUCUUCAUGACAGAAGAACAGAAGAAAUAUUAUAAUGCAAUGAAAAAGUUGGGGUCAAAGAAACCUCAAAAGCCAAUACCUCGGCCAGGGAACAAAUUCCAAGGAUGCAUAUUUGAUCUAGUAACUAACCAAGCCUUUGAUAUCACUAUCAUGGUUCUCAUCUGCCUUAACAUGGUAACCAUGAUGGUGGAAAAAGAGGGGCAAAGUACCUACAUGACCAAUGUAUUGUAUUGGAUAAAUGUUGUGUUUAUUAUCCUUUUCACUGGAGAAUGUGUGCUGAAACUGGUCUCCCUCAGACACUACUACUUCACUGUAGGAUGGAAUAUUUUUGAUUUUGUGGUUGUGAUUCUCUCCAUUGUAGGUAUGUGUCUAGCUGAUAUAAUAGAAAAGUAUUUUGUGUCCCCCACCCUGUUCCGAGUCAUCCGUCUGGCCAGGAUUGGUCGAAUCUUACGUCUGAUCAAAGGGGCAAAGGGGAUCCGCACACUGCUCUUUGCUCUAAUGAUGUCCCUGCCUGCACUGUUCAACAUCGGCCUCCUGCUCUUCCUGGUCAUGUUCAUCUACGCCAUCUUUGGAAUGUCCAACUUUGCCUAUGUCAAGAAGGAAGCAGGGAUUAAUGACAUGUUCAACUUUGAAACUUUUGGCAACAGCAUGAUCUGUUUGUUCCAGAUCACCACUUCUGCUGGCUGGGAUGGAUUGUUAGCACCUAUUCUCAACAGUGGACCUCCAGACUGUGACCCUGAGAAAGAUCACCCCGGAAGCUCAGUGAAGGGAGACUGUGGAAACCCAUCCGUUGGGAUAUUCUAUUUUGUCAGUUACAUCAUCAUAUCAUUUCUGGUUGUGGUGAACAUGUACAUCGCUGUCAUCCUGGAAAAUUUCAGUGUGGCCACUGAAGAGAGUACUGAACCUUUGAGUGAGGAUGACUUUGAGAUGUUCUAUGAGGUUUGGGAGAAGUUUGAUCCAGAUGCCACCCAGUUUAUAGAGUUUGCCAAGCUGUCUGAUUUUGCAGCUGCCCUGGAUCCUCCCCUUCUCAUAGCAAAGCCAAACAAAGUCCAGCUCAUUGCCAUGGACCUGCCCAUGGUCAGUGGGGACCGGAUCCAUUGCCUCGACAUUUUAUUUGCUUUUACAAAACGCGUUUUGGGUGAGGGUGGAGAGAUGGAUUCUCUUCGUUCGCAAAUGGAAGAAAGGUUUAUGUCUGCAAAUCCUUCCAAAGUGUCCUAUGAACCCAUCACAACUACACUAAAACGAAAACAAGAGGAUGUGUCCGCUACCGUCAUUCAGCGUGCUUACAGACGUUAUCGCCUAAGGCAAAAUGUCAAAAAUAUAUCAAGUAUAUACAUAAAAGAUGGAGACAGAGAUGAUGAUUUGCCCAAUAAAGAAAAUAUGGUGUUUGAUAAUGUUAAUGAGAACUCAAGUCCAGAAAAAACAGAUGCAACCCCAUCUACUGUCUCUCCACCUUCUUAUGAUAGUGUAACAAAGCCAGACAAAGAAAAAUGUGAAAAAGACAAAACAGAGAAGGAAGACAAAGGGAAAGAUGGCCAGUAAAUGAAAAAUAUGACUUCAUUUUUGAUGAACUGUUUACAGCCUGUGAAGGUGGUAUACUUGUGUUAAUAAGACUUUUAAGAAGGUCUAUGCCAAAACUCUUUUUAUCAAAACAUUCUCAGUCAGUGCAGUUACAAGCUCUGAUUCCCUAACAGAGGUGGGCAACAUUUGCAAAUGGAUGUUUUUUGCAUUGCUAAAUGAUUCUACAGGUAUUCUAAGAAUAACAAUAUAUGAUUAUUGAUUGCAGCAAAUAAAGUUCACUUAACUUUACUUACUUUAAACCAGAGGAUUACGAAGAAAAUGUUUACAUCUGCUUUGUCAUCUUUUCACAGGGUUAUAACUAUGCUUUACCCCUCCCCCGCAACACACACACACACACACACACACACACACACACACACACACACACUCUCAUUUGGCUAUCUACAAAGUAUUUUGCCUUGGCUUUGCAAUGAAAAGUCCAUAUCAAAUAAUUGGACAUGAGUAAUGAAUGUUUAGAUAAAAUAUCUUGGUAUUAGAGAGCAAGAUUUUUUUAUUCACAUACAAAGAUCAUUUUAUAUUUUGAGGUGCUUAAAUUAAUUCUCUAUUGCAUCAGAACCAAUUUAUAUGUGCCUAUAAAAAUGCCAUGGGAUUAAAGACAUAUUUAGGCUGUUAAUUUCAACAAAUACUUUUCAUUCAUCUUGGAUCAGAUCAAAUAGUACAAAACUAGCUUCUAGAGCAUUGAGCUUCAUAGCAAAUCUUUUAAAGAAAAUCAUCUGUUCAUUCAAAAAUGAGCAAAAAUGUUAUUAUUUUAUUUUCCCUUUUUGUUGUCCUUGUUUUUUAUUGUUGUUGUAGUUACUAUUGUUGUUGUUAUUGAUGUCAUCAUUGUUAGAUAGGCCAGAGAGAAAUGGAGAAAGGAGGGGAAGACAGAGAGGGGGAGUGAAAGAUAGAUACCUGCAGACCUGCUUCACAACUUGUGAAGCGACUCCCCUGCAGGUGGGGAGCCAACCUUUGCGCCAUGUGCACUUAACCCACUGCGCUACUGCCUGACUCCCCACAAAAAUGCUUUAAGUACAUAUUCUUUCCUCAUAGGAGGAAUGAUUAAGAAAAGAAGCAACUGCAAAUAUGAUUAUUCCCAAUAUUUAUGCAAUCUAGCACUUCACUGUGCUGCCCCAAAAUAAAACAAAGACUUGAAUUCUUAGUGUCUUCUGUCAAUUUUCUCUGAUCUUCCAUGUAGUGUUUUUAGUUGUCCUUUAUUAUUAAGGAAACUUGAUGUUUCCUUUCAGUGAAGUGCUUUCUUAUAUGCCGAUAACUAUUUGAUAUCUAGCUAAGUCUUUAAACACAGUGACUUGCAUAUUUACUGCAAACUUGUAUACCAUCCUAAAUGGGUAUAGUAUUGCUUUCAAGUUAUAAUAUAUGGUCAGUUUGCAUAAGCAGAAUUUUAUUUAGUAUGAAUGAAAAUGCAUUCAACUUACAUUCUUGCCAACUUGUUUUCUUGCCACUCACUUGCUUUUAUAGUUUGUACAAGUAAUCUUGUAGAUGUCCAUUCUUUCAUUUUAAAGAAGUACAUCACUUUUCCUUAAGAUUCUAUUGCUGGAGUAAAUUAUACACCAUUUUAAAAAAGUACCUGAAGUUACAAUUAACAAUAUACAUAGUUAUUUUCCUUUAGCUAUUGUUCUACUGAGGAUUAUAAAUCUGGUUUUAAUAAAUUCUUGUUAACAAUAGCUUGAAAAGAAAUUAACAUGACUCAAUUUUUGUAUAUUUACUCAAGAAAUAUGAAGUUUUUUUAGCAACUUAUCCAUGCACAGAUAACAAUUGAGUUACAUAAGUAAAAAGAUGUUUCACUGAAGAAGUUUAGAAGUUUUUUCUAAAGGAAAAAUAUACAACAUAAUUACAGCCAUUUGUCUUGUUCAACAUAUAAUGUUACUACUAUAAUAUGUACUUAGAACUUUUUUUGUUAUGGCUAGUUAAAGAGCAAGUUUAACUAAACAUGUUUAUAAUGAUGGAGAAAAAUGAGAGUCUAAGAACAGGAAAGAUUUUUAAAAGCAGAUGUAAAAGAGAAGCAAGAAAAACACUUCCACAGAACUUGGUAUCAAGAGUUUUUACUGUGAUGUAUUUUACAAUAUCUAUUGUAAAAUAUUGAGAGAAAUUAUCACAUAUAAGCCUUUGCCUUAAGGUAUACAUAAAAUUAAAAGUAGGCCAAAAAUUCUUUAUACCUGUGCUCAUUUUUCUAGGUUAUCUGAGUCACUUUUUAUUUAAGAUGAAAGAUGCCAUGCAGUGUUUUCCUAGAUGACAUAGAUCAUUAUAUCACAUCACUGCUACGUCUGCUGAAAAUGGAUUUCAACAAUUUAAUUAAAGAACUACACAAAAAUGUAUACAUUUGUAAGCUGUUUGAAAAGCAUCAAAUUAAGAAACUAAUGUCUUAAAGUUGAAAUCUGUCUCUUUGCAUUGUUUAAGCAUAACUGCAUUUUCCAUUUGUCUAAUAUAGUAUGAAAAGUUAUGCAAAGACCAGUUUUAUGUGUGUUUACAAUCAAUGCUUUUAUAUUUCUUGAUUUUUAUGUAAAAUUAAAAAUAUUGCCAACUGGUCCCUCAACAUAGCUUCUUAUCAUUUCAAAAUAAUUACAAAUUGGCUCUUUUAUUUCAUGCUGAAAUUAUUUCUUGUUCAACUAUAGUUUAAAAAAUAUGAAGGGGAUAUAUACAGACAUAUCCUAACAUAUAUAUGUAUAUGUAUCCUGACAUGUAUAUGUACAUAUAUAUACUUAUAUCUGUUUCCAGAGAGUCUAAUUGUAAUCACUUUUUAAUUAAAAAUGAGAUUUAGGUCUAAAAAUUAAUUUAUUAUUGUGUAGCUUAAAGUAAAUCUAGGUGUUUCUUUUCAUGUAAAUUACUGGUUGGUACUGACAAUGAUUAUCAACCUUCAGAAGACAUUGUUAACACUAAUAUUGAUAUAACUUCCUAAUUCAUUUCACCUAGUAUAGAAUGGCAGUUACAUUAUAAUAAAGAAUUUAGAAUAAAAUAAAAGCAAGAAGAUGUGAACACAGAUCCAUGCAUGAAAUUUGGAUGAAAGUGGGCCAUUUUCUCUUAUGAUGGUUUCUAGCCUGCAAAAGAUCUGACUUGUGGGUUAUUUUAAAUGACGAUUGUUGAAAGCCUCAGCCUAAAAUGUUCAGCAUGAUUUUAUAGAAUUUUUGAUAGCUUUAUUAAAAUCAUUAAGAUAAAAUACAUAUGUAAAUAAAGCUCUAAAUAGUGAGUUUGGGGAAGUGCUAA